AUGAAGUACCAUGUGAUCUUCGGGGUCGCUGCAGUAAUGUAUAUAAUUCUGGGCGUUGGUGUUUCUAUCAAACAAAACUCACUGAGAGUAGUGAAACGUCAAGAGCCAUCGUUUACUGGAUGCGAUGUAGAUGGUGAUAAAAGCAGGUUAAUUGAUACGUUUAAAUCAAUUGGUAUAACAGAUAUGAUAGAUGCACUCACCAAACUACGAUCUGAUAUGAUAACAGUCCAGUCUCCCACGAAGGUCAUUCAAAAGGUCGAAACAAUUCGAGAUCGAGUUACAUCCCUCAUGGACGCAAUUUCAGAUUUCAAAGGAAAGCAGUCAAGCCUCGUACGGUUCGUUACAUAUCCAUACAAACUACGCUUUGCCAAAAAUGCAGAAAAUGCACUAAGAACCUAUUUAGAAAGCUCGAUAUUACUGUAUACCCGAAGCAUGAGUCAAUUAAGAUUAGAUAUGUUUACCUCGACUGAUCUAAACGUCAAUACAAUUAAAGGCAAGUUAGCCAAGAACUUGAAGAAGUCUUUGAAGAAAGCAAAUAAGUCGGCGACCAAGGAGCAGAAGAUCAUGCUAAAGGAAGUCACAGAAGCGUUCAAUAUUCUCAACAAAUACGUCAUAACGAUAAGCAAAUAUGCAAAGCUGAUAACAAAGGAAUUCAAGAAGUUUGCAAGAGAACCAGUGAAUGUUGAUGCACCAUGUUAUGCACCAGGUGAAGGUGAAUGCAACUGUGGAUCGAGUGGUAGCUGUUUUAGCAUUCCUGGACUGUUUUCUUAUUGUGAUUGUGGUAUUAACUACUUCGGAGAGGAAUGCAAAAGUCGGUAUACCCGUUCGACAUGGCCAAAAUGUACGGCAUAUGGGGACGUACACGUCGUAACGUUUGACGAUGCGAAAUUUCACUUUCAAGGCACAUGCUUGUACCUCUUGUCAAAACUCGAGACGGAAGGCAGUAAUGGUCGAAUAAUGAAGAUUUGGGAAGUCUUUCAACAAAAUUGGAUAAAGCACGGCGCGGGUCAACAGGUCAGCUGGCCGAGAUCCAUGUAUCUUAAACUCUAUGGACAAAGGGUAGUUGAAUCACACCAAAAUUCAGUGGUAUAUGGAAUACAUCAAUGGAUGGAUGGAUCUCCAAAUAUAACCCGGGAUGGUAAACAGAUUGGAUAUGGAAACGAAACAUGGGUCGACCCUGGUGAUGCAAACUUUAUACUUAAUGUUCGUAUCAGUCCGAGUGGAAAGUUUACAACUAUAUCCGUCGAGAGUAGAGGAGUAGAGAUAAGAUUCGACGGAGAUUGGGAUACUUACGUAAAAAUAUCACCGUCGUUAAAAACAAUCGUCCAAGGAAUAUGUCGUAAUGCUAACGAUCAGUCUGACGAUGACUACAAAAUGAAAGAUGGUACAGACGUUAGACAUGAAAAUAAUAGAGGACGUUUGAUUGGUGACUCCUUUCAAGUAAAAGACAACACUAUCGAGCCUAGUUCUGAGACUUGUCAGCCGAAUGGUAUUCCCGAUGAACCCUGGCUGGAAACCGACAGAGAGCGUUUUCACUUGACAGAACUUUACUGUUACUACUCCGACUGUGGCAGAGACAAGCAAUCGUUUAAAUGGAACUCGUGCGUCGUAGAUUCAUACUUCGCAGUUUCAAAAGAAGAAAAGUGUGACAUCCUUAAAAAGCAAGUGUUUCUCAAGUCAGACUGUGCAGAUGGAAUAUUUGACUGCUGUGCUACAAUGAUCGAGGCACACAGAAAUGCAAAUCUUACUACUUCCUACUACUAUGAUUACUAUGACGUUGUUUGCUGA